CUGGUGAAGAAUUAUGAUUCAACUCUUCUCUCUUAAUAAUUCCUUUGUCGUUUCCUCUUUCCUUUUAUGUUACCUGUAAAGGCGAAGGAUCCAUGGCGAAAGUUCGAUUUUCUCUCUUCUUCGUCUUCGCGGAUUCGUCUACCUGAGAAAAAUUCACCUACCCUUUUCGAAUCCGUCGCUUUCUUCCUCUAUCUGUGGGUUUCGACCGAAGAAAUCACUCUCUGAAACGAGGAAACAGUGAGUUUGGGUUUUUGGGUUCGGUUUCGUUCCUCCGCCAUGGAAGCCAUAAGAAAGCAGGCGGCGAAGUUCAGAGAGCAAGUCGCGAGGCAACAGCAAGCGGUUUUGAAGCAUUUGGGGCAUGUUACUGCUGAUGCUGCUGUUGUUGAUGAAGAAGAGCUUCAUUGCCAUCAGAAACUCCAAGAUCUGUACACUUCUACUAAAGCAGCAAAGCGUUUGCAAAGGAACAUUGUCCGUGGACUCGAAGGUUUUAUUACAACGAGCACAAAACUACUCGAGAUUGGGAGGAAGUUGGCUGAGGAUUGUAAGAAAUAUGGAGAUGAGAAUCAAAAAGCGAAUACCCCUCUUUCGAGAGUUGCUCUUCACUUUGGCAACUCGUACAAAUCAGCGGAAGACGAGAGGGAAACUCUUCUCGGGUUUCUUGGCGAUCAGGUUUGUGAGCCAAUUCGCACGAUGAUAUAUAGUGCCCCUCUGGAGGAUGCUCGGCAUUUAGUCCACCGCUAUGACAGAUUACGUCAAGAAGUUGAAGCACAGGCAGCCGAUGUAAUGAAACGGAGAUCAAAGUUGAAGGAAUCUGAUGUUUCUGAAGAAAGUUACAUGAAACUCAAGAAUGCUGAAUCGAGAUUGACAGAGCUCAAAACCGGUAUGAAGGCACUUGGAAAAGAAGCCACCACUGCCAUGUUGGAAGUCGAGAAUCAGCAGCAGAACUCAACCUAUCAACGGCUACUUGCUCUGGUUGAAGCUGAGAGAACUUACCAUCGUCACGUUCUUGAUAUCCUUGACAAACUCUAUACCGAGAUGGUUACUGAGGAGGAAGCUACAGAAUCAUCACCUCAGUCACUCUCCAUAGAGAAUGUUACUGAUGCCCAUCAUGAAGAGGAAACCAAAUCAAAUGGGUCUCAUCAUCAUAAUCAUGAUCAUCAACCUGUCAAGCAGAAAGAUUCCAUCUUUCUUGCAAAGGUUGUGCACCCAUUUGAUGCCCAAGCUGAUGGGGAAAUCAGCCUUGCUGUUGAUGAUUACGUCAUCGUGCAUCAGGUGGCUAAUAAUGGAUGGUCGGAAGGAGAAUGCAAGGGAAAAGCCGGAUGGUUCCCUUCAGCUUACGUCGAGAAACAAGACAAAGCACCAGCAAGUAAACUCAUGGAAGCAAAUCCCAUGCAAUAAUCUUUCUCUCUCUCUCACACACACACACACACAUAUAUAUGUAUGUAUGUAUAUUUUACAUCUACAUAUACAUGUCUCCAAGUGAAUAUGAUCUUUUGUGAGAGAAAUUGUGUAUCUUCUUGUUGGUGAGUCUGCUACUGUGUGUUUGUGUCUGUCUUGUGUAAUUUUCUAGGGAAAUGAGAUUCUACUUUGAUGCAAAACAUGUCUCGAAUCACCUUUUUUUU